AUGCUCAUACCAUCUGUGCCUCUCCCUGUCCCCUGCCAGACGACCUAUGUGGGUCUGUGGGUGUUGGCUGGAUUUAUGAGCUUUUUCCUGAUAGAGAAGAUCAUGCGCAAUGGAAGCAACGGCGGUCAUGAACACUCACACGCAACCCCUGCAGCUAUCUUCCAGGAGAAGCCUGCCUUAGUCACCGUUGUAGAGGAGGAUGAGUCCGAGCGAGAAGUCUCCGUUGAGCCGCCAGUGCGUGCAUCGGUGGAUCGUCGCAGUCGUGAGCGUAGAAGUAUGAGUCGCUCAGUCUCUGUGGCUCCGUUGGAGGUGGUCGAGGCUGUGGUAGUAGAAGAAGUGCUGCCUCAGCAGCCCAUUGCGGUGGCCGCGUACCUAAAUCUGGUGGCCGAUUUCUCGCACAACUUCACGGACGGUUUGGCUAUUGCGGCCGCAUAUCUGGCCAGCGACGCAUUAGGGUUCAGCACUAUGUUGGCUAUUCUGUUUCAUGAGAUUCCCCACGAGGUAGGAGACUAUGCAAUUCUGAUCCGAUCCGGAUUUUCAAGGCCGAAGGCCAUGGUGGCCCAGUUGUCGACUGCCAUUGGUGCUAUGCUGGGUGCAGUGGUUGGUCUGAAGGCGCAGGAGUUCAUGCACACCACUGCAUGGAUCUUGCCUCUGACCGCGGGAGGGUUUAUCUACAUCGCCACUACCACGGUGAUCCCUGAUUUGCUGACAGACUGUUCGUAUGGGCAGACUUUCUUGGAGAUACUGGCCAUGUGCACUGGUGUGGGCAUGAUGGUGGUCAUCGCUCAGUUCGAGGAGUAAAUUGAGCUAGUAUACUUAUACGCAUUUCUGUCCAGAUAUAGGCAUACAUGUACAUAUAUAUACCUAUACGCACAUACAUAUAGGUAUAUAUGAAUAUAUUUGCACAUAUUUGGAUAUAUAUGUACAUAUAUGGGUAUAUUUGUACAUGGUUAUGCAUAUGUGCAUAUACUUAUAUCUAUGAAAAGCACGAGCCGAACUCAUCCCGACGCUGCGACGUGCGAAAAACAAACCCCAUGGCACUCAGCCCGAAAAAUAAAACUCUCCAUGAUAA